GGACGCACUGACGCACUGACGCACGGACGCACGCCCACUGCGCUCUUGGAUCAGGGCCGAUUUUUCUGCAACACUCGUAAAAAAACUACAACUCCGAGUCUUAAAGAUGUCUUUGAGUGAGAAAAGCGAUUCAGAGAUUAGUGAGCUGCUCUCAGAGUACGGCAUCAAACAUGGACCGGUCGUUGAAUCAACCAGAAAACUUUAUGAGAAGAAGCUGGAGAAGGCCAUGGACGAGGCAGCCACUAAGAGCCCCUCGUCUGAUAAGACCUACUACAGAGAGGAGGAGGAAGUCAUCACCUACAUCACAUACCACACUCCGCCUCGGUUUGAAGGAACUGGCGACAUGCUCAAACACAGAGGAGCCGCUCUGCAAAACCAAACCAACCACGAAGACGACCACAAACCUGAACUGGACCAAGAGCCUCCAGUGCAAAGCUCCAUAAGGAAACUGGACCACAGCUCCCUCCCGCCCAAAGCCCAGGAGAAGAAGGCCAAACCGGGUUGUCUGUGGAGGCUGACACGCCUCGUCCUGGUGCUAGCACUGUUAGCUGCUUUAGGCUACUACAUCUUCUGUCAUGUGAUCAGUGCACAGGAAAGUCAAGAGCCUCAGUAGAGCUGGAUUUUAUCAAAGAAAAGCAGAAAACCAAAGAAAGAAACAUAAAGAAGGAACAUGCGAGCCUACAUAGUUUUAAGUCUAAGUUUAAAGUGCAUGUGACAGGAUAGAUGCUCAUUUUAUCAGAGUUAACAUAUUUAAGAUUUUACUGCAAAUCUUGGCCAGUUUAACAAUUAUGGUGAAGUUUACAAUUUUACUUCCUGGUUUGACUUUGGUAGCAGAUGAGAUUUAUGUAGAGGUAUCUGCUGUUACCGAGCAACCAUAAUGUAAACAACCUGUCAUUUGGUACUUUUGUACUUUUUUUUCUGUCAGAUAACUGAUGUAAAACUUAAAGAUGCACUAUGUAACUUUUCUGGAGGAAAGGUUACUGCUUGUCUCCAUGGAGAUGUUAUUGUUAUUGCCAUAGUGUGGCUUUAAAUGUCCAUUCAUCUUUAAAACAUCUGUAAUUGAACAAAUGUAAGAUAGACAGUUUAAUGCCACACUGUAGAACCUAAUCUAGGCAAAGUAAUGUCAUCUCCAUGGAGACAAGCAGUUCAUUUACUGUCCUCAAGAAAGUUAUGUAGUGCAUCUUUAAAGGCAGCUUUAUUGCACAUUAACAUGCAAGAAAGGCUUGAAAUUAUUAUUUACAGGAAAUAGUAUCAAAUAAUAAGACUUUAUACUGAGAUGCACUGAUCCAACUUUUUCAGUUCCAAUUCCGAUAUCGAUACUUUGGCUUUUGGUGUCUGUCGAUACCUGAUAUUAAUCGAUACCAGAGACAUGUUUAUUUUAAAACAUGAACAGUUGAUCCAGUUAUUUAUCCAGCAGAUAACUGCUGAACGGCUUUGGAAAAAUAAAAGUUAGAACAUGAAACAUUCCUGGGCCACAGCCGUAAAUAACCUUAAAGAAUUGAUAUGGAGUUCAGUUCAUAUCCAGUUCAUUUUCCUGGAUCGGUGUUGAUAUUCGAUACCAGUAUCGGUGCAUCCCUAAUUGUGUGUAAAUGUUUUAAUUACAAGCAAAAUUUUCAAAACGAGUGUCCAGAUCUUUUUGCGUUCAAGUAAAUGAUCCAAUAUGUCAAAAAAAAAACUAAUAUUCUGAAUUCAAGUCCUUUUGAAACGUUCCUUUUGACAGUGUGUUUCUGCUUGUUGCCAUUUUUAAUGUGUUUCAUAUUUUGUUGAUUCAUCAAAAAUGUCAAAUUGGCAUCGGUCUAAAAUAAAGGGUAUUUUAAUAUGACUCCUUUGGAUUUCUUCCACAUCUAUUAUUAUGGAGGUAGACUUACUACUGAUGCCCUCCCAUCCUCCUGUAUCCCUGUAGUGUUAGCCUGAGAUGGGGCAAGUCAAAUGGCUCUAGUGAAUGAGCAGAUGUUGUAAUAAUUAUUCAUAAUAAUCCAUUGUAUUUGUACAGAGCCCUUAAAGACUCUUAAGGCGUUUUACAGAUCAUGAUUCAUUCACAUUCAUUGCACAACAGCCUCUGCU